AUGUUAAGAUUAAAUAUCAUGCGCCAGCGUCUUAGCGCGAUUCAGAGACCUUUUGUAGCUGGUAUGCGUCUGCGAGGAUACAGCAAGAUGAGCGGUAAAAUGAGUAAUAUAAAAACCCUCAGAAUGGAAAACACUGCUUCUAUAGAUAUAAUAAAACAGGCUGUUGAAGAAGCAGGUGUCGGAAACCUUGAAAAAGCAAGAGAGAUUCUCUCAAAGAAAAUUCAGCAACGCGGAGGAAAGAUUGCAGAAAAAACAAAAGACCGUAUCGCUAAGCAAGGAUGGAUUUCUCAAUGUGUGUCAGCCGAUCGAAGGAAAGCAAUUAUGGUCGAAGUUAAUUGUGAAUCUGAUUUUGUGAGUCAAACAGCAUCUUUUCAAGAGUUCUCUAGAACUAUUGCAUCUUCUCUUCUUCCUCAUAUUCCAUCGACUGAAGCUACCAUUUUCUUGAAUGAUUCCAAUUAUAACACAAUAUUUCAAAACAAGACUUUGGCGCUCCCUACAGACUCUGCCGCGUCGGAUAGCAGCGUCGGAACUUUAAAUGAUUAUUUGCUGAAAGCAACGUCUUUAACUGGAGAAAAGGUAACCAUUAACAGAAUCCUUGGCUUCAAUGCCUUACAACCCAAUUCACGUAUCGGCAUUUAUGCCCAUGGAGCAACAGCUACAGCUUCUACUCAACUGGGACGAAUUGCUUCUAUGGCACUCGUUCGACAAGCAUCAGAUAAGUAUUCUGAAAUAGCAGGCUUGGUUGCAAAAGAAAUUGUUGCCCAAGCACCGGAGUCUACCGACGAGCUUCUAUCUUUGCCUUCUAUUUCUCAGUCGCCCAAGACUAUUCAGGAAUUAUUAAAUGGCGGCAGUAUUUUAAAUUGGAUCCGUUGGGAACGCGGUACUUCUUAA